AUGUUCGCCAAGCUCUACACCAAGAAGGGAACGAUAAAAAAAAGUCUUAAUGUCGGAACAGAACUAGCUACCGAAAAAGUUCUAGGAAUGUGGUGGUGCACGGCUUCCGACACUUUCGAGUACAAACUUUCGCCGAAACACGAUGCUGAACUCCUGACCGGCGAACGCAAGCCUACGAAGAGAGAAGUUUUACGUACACUCAUGUCUAUAUUCGAUCCACUCGGCUUGCUAUCCCAUCUACUCGUUUUCCUUAAAAUACUUUUCCAAGAAAUUUGGCGUUCUUCGAUCGAAUGGGAUGAAGAAAUACCAGCAGCUUUACACGACAAAUGGGAACAGUGGCUUCGGAUGCUACCAAAAGUGCGAGAUGUCAGUGUACCCCGUUGCUACCGUAGCUUGACUUCAAUAUGCACAACUACGGUGAUUCAGCUACAUACCUUCGUAGAUGCCAGCGAGCUGGGUUAUGCGGCGGUGGUAUAUCUUCGCUUCCAACAAGGUAGUACCGUGGAAUGUGCAAUCGUCGGAGCGAAGUCACGAGUAGCCCCUCUUAAGUUUAUUUCAAUACCGAGGAUGGAAUUACAGAGCGCUGUCAUCGGAGCCAGGUUAGCCAAGGCGAUAACCAACGCUCUAUCGUUUCCGAUCAACGAACGUUUUUAUUGGACCGAUGCUCGUGACGUGCUGUGCUGGCUGAGAUCAGAUCAUCGCCGGUACUCUCCCUACGUAGGCUGGCGAGUAAGCGAGAUUUUGGAUCUCACAGAGGUUACGAACUGGAGGUGGGUUAGCUCUAAAAACAACGUGGCCGAUGAAGCUACUAAGUGGACACAAACACCAAACCUAAGCAGCAAUAGUCGAUGGUUCAAAGGACCUGAGUUUAUAUGGCAAUCAAGCGAAACAUGGCCCACAGAACCCUUUAACACCGGCGUGACCCGAGAAGAAUUGCGGGCUAGCCUGCUGUAUCACAACUCAGGUGCGGUGCCAUUGUUUCGAGUGGAAAUAUUUUCAACAUGGAAUCGUUUACUACGAACAGCAGCUACAGUCCUCAGAUAUAAAGGCAAUCUACAGCGAAAAAUUUCGGGCAACAAUCUCCAUACCGGUCCCCUGCUAACGGAUGAACUGCGGAAAGCUGCAACAUUAUUAUAUAAGCAGGCUCAAGCUGCGUCAUACUUAGAUGAAAUUUGCAUUCUGACACAAGCUAAGUCAGGAUGCAAAACUCUUCCGAAGAGCAGUACUAUUUUCAAUAUGAAGCCUUUCCUUGAUGAAAAUUGUGUUCUUCGAAUGCGUGGCAGAAUCGGGGAGUGUGAGUAUGCAAGUACCGACGCGCAGAACCCAAUUAUUCUUCCGAAGGACCACUACAUCACGAAGCUUAUCAUUCAGGAUUAUCAUCUUCGGUACCAUCAUCGGAACCACGAAACCGUUAUGAAUGAACUCCGGCAAAUCUAUAGAAUUCCAAAACUACGAGGAUUAUUCAAGAGAAUCAAAGCAGAUUGUCAGGUGUGUAAGAACCAACGUGCGGCUCCAAAUCCUCCUCCAAUGGCAGAUUUACCACAAGCUAGAUUGGCAGCCUACGUGAGACCGUUUUCUUACGUAGGCGUUGACUAUUUCGGUCCGCUAACAGUGGUGGUAGGAAGACGACAUGAAAAGCGUUGGGGAGUAUUGGUAACGUGUUUGACCAUAAGAGCGGUUCAUUUAGAAAUCGCAUAUUCAUUAACUGCGGAUUCAUGCAUCAUGGCGUUACGAAACUUCAUGGCAAGACGAGGAGUACCAAUACAAAUUGUCAGCGAUAGAGAAGGGCUGCGCUGCGCGCAACACUGUCUGAAUUCUCGUUAA